UUACCGCUCUUGCCUGGGUGACUUCAGUUUCAUUACACAGUCACUGUAACGACACAUAAAAGGAAACUUGCUCUAUUUAUAUCUAAAUUUCACAUAACUUAAAUUUUUACUGAAAAGUUGAUCAUUUGCCAAACAUGGCCGUUGCCUCGUUAACUUUGGUUGCUUUUCUCUGCUGGAUCAGUGUAGCUAAUGUACAAGGAAGUGAAAAAAUAGACUCAGACAACAUCACUCGCAUUUUGGAUAGACUUUUGGAUGGUUACGAUAACAGACUGCGACCUGGUUCUGGAGGUGGAAUUACAGAAGUGAAAACGGACAUUUUUGUCACCAGCUUUGGGCCAGUUUCAGAUGUUGAGAUGGAAUACACCAUGGACAUGUUUUUCCGUCAGAUGUGGGUGGACGAGAGGCUCAAAUUUGAUGGUCCCACUGAAAUUUUGCGUUUGAACAACAAAAUGGUGGAAAAGAUUUGGACACCGGACACUUUCUUUAGGAAUUCCAGGAAGUCCAUUUCCCACAACAUGACCACACCCAACAAGCUCUUCCGCAUCAUGCAGAACGGGACUGUCCUCUACACCAUGAGACUAACAAUCAAUGCAGAGUGUCCAAUGAAUCUCAUGGACUUCCCCAUGGACGGUCACUCUUGUCCUCUUAGGUUUGGAAGCUAUGGAUUCACCAGCAGCGAAAUUCGUUUCACCUGGAGAAAAGGGCUAAAAUCGUCUGUUGAUUGCCCCAAAGAGUCAAUAAGUCUUCUUCAGUACGAUCUUGUGGGACAGACAUUGUCCAGUGAGACAGUGAAGUCCAACACGGGUCACUACUCUGUGCAGGUGGUCCAUUUCCACCUGCAGAGGAAACUUGGCUACUACCUCAUCCAGACUUAUAUCCCUCUUAUAAUGAUCGUGGUCUUGUCACAAGUCUCAUUUUGGAUCAACAAGGAGUCCGUUCCUGCUCGCACGGUCGCCGGCAUCACCACAGUGCUGACCAUGACCACCUUGAGCAUCAGCGCCCGCCAGUCUUUGCCCAAAGUUUCCUACGCRACAGCCAUGGAUUGGUUCAUCGCCGUGUGUUUUGCCUUUGUGGCGUCCGCGCUGGUUGAAUUCGCCGCAGUGAACUACUUUGCCACAUUGCAGGCGAACCGGCUGAAGAAGGAGAAAGCCAGACAAGACAAACUGGAGGUGCUGGCCGCUGGCAGCGAGGACGACGACACCAUUUCGUCGGACAGCAGCCCUCAGGGAGGCCUGAAGAGGAGAAACCACUCCGUGAGCUACAGCGAGCCUCACUUACCCAUUUUCCUCCAGCAGGGUUCAGCUUUUCCUCAGUUCCCACAGCUGGCCGGGACGAGCCAGAUCGACGUCUACGCUCGCGUCCUCUUUCCGCUGACCUUUGCCCUCUUCAACCUGGUUUAUUGGUACAUCUACCUGGCCAACGACACCAUGCCAACGGCCAGGGAAUGAAUCUCGCUAACUAACGGAGAGAUCUCUGAGAGGGGAGGGCACAACAACCUGAGCAACCCGAGAGACCAUCCACCAAGCUCCCAGCGUUCACUUUAUUCCUGUCCAACAGAGGGAACGAAUCAGAAACUCAUUCAUACUCCGCUGCCCACUCGUGUCCCAAUCAGCGACUGAAGAGACGUCCCGACCUUCACGCAGCCGGGACCCCUCGGCCACUUCAUACCCAACAGUCACCUCCCCAAGCCGAGGCUGUCGCCGCCCGCCACGUUGGGCAAAAGUARGCUCAGACACUGAGAACUGCAUGGAAAAGAGAUGAAGAUGAUAUAAUGGGUGAGGGCUGUAACUGGUGGUGAUGCAACUGUGAACCAACGCUUUCAGAGGCCUGCCCUCUACAGCGGCACGGCUCGCUCUGCAGCCACAUCAAAGGCAGCUCAGAGGAGGCUCGCACCCCCUCGCACAGCUUCAAAAAUACGCUCGGCAGACGCAGGUUGACUCAGUUUGGAGCGUGGGGCCCUCCACUCUUCAUCCCUUUUAUUGUUUUUUUAGAUACUUGCAUUUGUCUUGUUGCUACAUGUUGUUGUUUUUUUGUUUCAAGAUCAGAAGGAUCUUGGUUUUCUUGAUCUGCAGUUAUCUUGUGUUUCUGAUGUUUUUAUGCUCUUUUCUUCUAUGUUGAAUAAAUAUUAUGCAAAAUGUGA